AUGAAUCAACAAUCAAUUUUACUAAAUAAUAUAAUAUUAACGGAACCAUCAGUCAUGCCUAUUCAUUUACUUGGUGAACUCAUUUCAUCAGACACUAGUUUAUUAAAUCCAUUACAAAAAUCAUCAACAUCUCGACUUCUCUGGUCACUAACUUAUUCGUUUCAUCCAUCUCAUAUUGUAUUUGAGUCUGAAUCAUCGAAAUUAUUUAUUUGCACUGAACAUGGUUAUGUAUCUGUUUAUAGUUAUACUACAUUAAAUUUAUCACUUAUGAAUACAUUCUAUUUACAAUACAAUGAAAAAUCACAACCUGUUAUCAUUAAAUCACUUGCAGCUUCUAAAUUUUCUCUCAUUGUUAUUUUCAAUUCAUCCGUAGAUUCUACUCUUCAUUUUUAUUCACAUAAUGGUCUUCUUUUACAUUCUUUAAUAUUAUUUAAUGAAUAUAUUAGUCAAAUUCGUUUUGAUCAUAAUUAUUUAUGGUGUCUUGAAUUAAUUUCUUCAACACUUUUCUAUUUUUUACUUCAAUCAGACAAUAUAGUCAAUAAAAAUCUACCUGAAAAAACACAAUUUAUUUCAUUUAAACAACAAUCUUUUAAUCCAUAUAGAUUUGCAUCUAAUCAAAUAGUCGUUGCUAUUAUGGAUCGAGCAUCAACUGGAAUAAUUCUUCUAUUCGACAGAUAUAAUGCAUCUUAUUUGAAACAAAUCACAUCACCACUAACUGAUUUUCAACCAUGUGAUAUUGAACUUACAAACCAAAUGUUAAUCUAUCGUUUUCCUCACAUUAUAUUAUUAACACAAUUAGACAAUGAACAAUCUAUCGAACAAAUUUAUGCAAAAAGAAAUUUAAAUAUAACUAAGGGCAAAUCUGAUACAGAAGUUCUUGUUAGUAUGUCAACCGAUGAUAAGAACACAUUCAUCAUUCAAUGUUAUGUCAAAUAA